AUGUAUCUCACAAACGAAGAAAUAGACAUUUCAAAGACUUCUUCCAAGGUUUUGAAAUGGAGAAUGCCUUCUGUUUGUCAAACUGAUGAGUCCUCUACAUUUUUAUGGAAAGUUAUAUUUCUCCUUGAAGCGUCCGGAGAUAAGACAGAAAUUUCUUACGGUUAUAUCUUAUGGCUUAGAUAUUUUAACUUUUUCAAACCUGCAAACUUGAAAAAUAACCAAGGAUUUCAGCUUGUCCUCUCAAAAGAAAAAUAUUGGCUUUUUCUUAGAGAUGGUUUAAUUAGUCUUACCCACGAACACAAAAAGUUUGCAUUAACUUUGAUACAACUUUCCAUUCAGUCAUUAGCAACAAAUUUAUCAUUGCCUAUCAUAAAAUGGGAUUGUGCCAGAGAGACAGAGUAUGUUGAAAGUUGGAAGAGAUUUUGUACUCUAUAUGAAAUUUUAGGAAUUGAUGCAGCAAUGAACCAAGUCCAAGCUGCCUCUAAUGAUUUGUUGAAUGUUUUUGCACCGGAUUCUGAUAUUCCAGUGCCUUUUUCGUUGACUAUCCUUUCGGUUGGUUUCAAGGCAUCAAUGGACCGCAUAAAAAGCUUUGCUUUGAACUUAACUUUUAGUUUACCUAAAGAAAGUCUAAGUUUGUUCAAAAAUGAUUUCAAGUUUAUUUCGCAUGUCUUUUUACCAUUCACCAUGAAAUCAUUUCACUUUACAGUAUUCAAGAGUAUGGAUGGUAAUUACAGCUGUCAAUUUGGUGAGAAAAUUACUGAAUUUAUUAGCAAUUGUGUGGAAUCGCUCAGUAACUCACUUGAUAUCACGAAGCUAGUCAGUUUGAUCUUUGACGUUAUUAGCGAAAAUAGACUGACAUUCGGUAUUGCUCGUAUCUAUAUAGUUUGGGGUGUUUUGAACGGCUUACAAAAAAAGGGAAAUCUAGUUCUUGAGUCAUCAAUCCUUCCAUCUCUGUUGCCGCUUUUUGAAACUAUGGCGGAAGGAAACAUUUCGAAAACAACUUUGCAGACAAUACACCUGAGAAUUUUGCUUCAUCUUGACCCAGCCUCUGUUAAUUUGAGAAGUUAUCUUCAUGCACUAGUAUAUUUUAUUCAAAACAAUGGGUUUAGCUUAUAUGCAGAGAAUGAGGAGUUUUUCUUGGACUACUUUAAUGCGAAUUUUGGCAAGAAUGAAUUCGUAGAAUUGUUAACAAACAAUACUCAUAUUCUUUCUCCCGAAGAAUUUAUUGUCAUUUCAUCAUAUUUAUUGUCAAAAAAAACAGAUGUAUCUAUGAUUACUCCGUCUCUAUUAUCCCAUCCUAAAAAUCACGAAGUUUUAAUCCAAAUGGCAGUAUGCGGUCUUGAUUUACUACCAAUAUGGAAAAACCCAUUGAUAAUAUCUUGCAUCGAGCGUUUUGUAGAAGAGAUGGCGAUUGGUUCGAAGAAGUUUGACAUCUCAAUCUACUCAGACUGUCAGGCAUUGUUCAGAAACUCUUUUUUAUUCUCAAGUCAAUUUUGGGAAAGUAUGCCAUUAAAUUCAUUGUUCAGUGAAGUUUCGAAUUCUUUAAUUAACGUGGAUAAUAUGGAAGAAGCAUACUACCUUAUUGCGCAGUUCAAAUUCAUUACUGUUUGUUUUGGUAAAUGUAUCUACAAUGAGACCUUUGCAAUAUCUUUCGACUCGCUGAAAUUAUUACUCAAUAAUGCUUUACAAAAGGUUCCAAGGGGAAGUGAUACAAGAUUUUAUAAAGCCAAGGAUGAGUUGAUUUCUCUCAUCUUACAGAACAUCACCUCUCUAUUUAAGAUAUCUGUCUUUGAUGAAAACUUCAAAAAUGGUGUUUUAAAUUUAGCUAAUGAUGUGAUCUCAAUGUCUGAAUACCAUUCACAUUUAUCUAAUGUUAGGAUGAUUGCCGAGUUUCUCGAUUCAUCUGAUCAGGGCAAAAUUUUGACGGUAGGUGAAGCUAGUUCCAUAGUGUCAAGCUUACGUCUGAUUUGGGACGAUCUUGUUAAGGAUAGAUUGGUUCUGAACCAGCGUGAUUUACAUCAAGCAUUUAUCAGAUUGGUUUUGCACAAAAAAUUAUUGGUUUUUUCAAUAAAUCAAAAAGACUUGGCAGAAUCCUUGCUUACAAUCUUAGAGCAGGUUAUUGAAAACUCCUCUAGUAGAAAAGGUUUAUUGCCCUGUAUGUUCAAAGCUGUGUCUGACUAUCAGGUCAGCGAGGAAGAAAAUUUCGAAAAAACUUUAUGGUUGGCACGACUAUUGGUUAAGGGGGUAUUCGUUUUCCAAAGUGAGCUUAAUAUUUUCCAACUCGAUUGUACCAUUGCUCAAAAAUUUGAUAAAUUCUUGAACAUAUCAGGUGAGUCAUUAUACACUACAGUCUAUGGUGAUCCUGAAGUGAGUUACCGUGCUAAUAUUUUUGCAGUAGCCGCCUCUUUGAAAGCUGAAACCUUUUCAUCUGAAAUUUGGAAGUUCAUAUUUGAGAAUGACAGUAUGUUUCACCUAAUAAGGCCUAAGAAACGUACAGGGCACGAAGAACAAUGGAAACGUAUCCAAUUGCUUUCAUUGCUGACUUCAACCCAUGGUGUACUUAAACCAUCCGAACUCUUGCCUUACAUGAAAAAUCAUUUACUGCCAAGAUUAUUCAAAGAAGCUUCACCAUUGUGUCGUGCCUAUAUUGAAUGGUUGCUAUGUUUGACCAUUAUACGUAUGCCUGCUUUUAAAGAAGAUGUGUUUGGCACCUUGAAAGAAGGUUUUGAAGCACAACAACCAUUGGUUGUUGUCAGCUUCGAACGUAUCUCCAUGUUGAUUUCGAUGCAACUGCCAAAAGAGGAAGAAACAAAAUUUUUAACUCAAUUUGUUGCAGAUGUCAUUAUACCAACUUCGUCCUCAAAUCGUGCACUUAAUAGGCAUUUUUCCAGCAGUAUGGCAUGCCUCAUUUAUGAUCAAAUAGUUUCUCGGGAAAUCGAUUUCCCACCCUUAAUGAAAAACUCAUUGAAGAAGAUUCACGAGAUUGCACAUAAGGCUGAAGGUUAUGGCUCGUACCGUAGUGGUGAUGCAAUACUUUGGGAUAUCACAAAAGAUUGCAACUUGGUUUCUAUCACUGGUGGUUUAUUGUUGAAGGUAUGUGAUAGAGUCAUUGAUGCUAUUUAUCAAGCAGAUUACGAAAACUAUCUAACUGAGAAACAAAAAUCUAUUUUAAGGCUCCCAAUUGGUCAUGAUGAAAAAGAGUUAUGGAUCGCUUGUGACAGAAAGGAACAAGUGAAGUUAGAAAGCUUUUACGCAGAUGCUGAUAACGAAAAUGAAAAAUCAUCUUUAUUGCAAACGAAAAGUGGCGCUUGGUCCACAGUUAUGGAACUUGAUGAGAAUGUUCGGGCAGCAGCUCAAAUAAAAAGAUCGCCUUUGAUCGUCGUAUCAUCGUUGGUUGAUAAGGCGCCUAAUCUUGGAGGUAUUUGCAGACUAUGUGACUGUUUGGGAGCAGGAUGGAUGGCCGUUGACGAUUUAACAGUCAAAAACAAUUCAGAGUUCAAAAGUGUUGCGGUUACCGCUGAUAGAUGGAUGCCUUUAAUCGAAGUAAAAAUUCAAGAUAUCAUUGAUUUCAUGAGAUUAAAGAAAAAGGAAGGAUAUACUCUGAUUGGUUUAGAGCAAACUGAUAAAUCUGUGGAGUUAAACGGUGACCUUAAAUUCCCUGAAAAGUCACUGAUAUUACUAGGAAAGGAAAAGGAAGGUAUCCCAGGUGAUUUAUUGGCUGAAUUGGAUAUGUGCGUCAUUAUCAAACAAGUAGGUAUUGUCAGAUCGAUGAAUAUUCAGACUGCAACUGCUGUUAUUGUCCAUGCAUAUUCCUCUCAGCAUUGCUAA